AUGGCCUUCACUCCCAGAGGUGGUCGCGGCGGUGGUCGUGGCGGUGGUGACCGUGGCGGUCGCGGUGGCUUCACUCCCAGAGGCGGACGUGGCGGAGGCCGCGGUGGUGGUGAUCGUGGUGGCCGUGGCGGAGGCCGUGGUGGUGGCCGUGGUGCUCCACGAGGCCGCGGUGGUCCUCGCGGCGGUGGUCGCGGAGGCGCGCGCGGCGGAGCCAAGGUUAUUGUCGAGCCCCAUCGCCAUGCUGGUGUCUUCGUCGCUCGUGGCAAGGAAGAUCUCCUCGUCACCAAGAACCUGACCCCCGGAGAGUCCGUCUACGGAGAGAAGCGCAUUAGCGUUGGCGCCAGCGCCGCAAAUGAUGGCGAGACCGAGGCCAGCAGCACCGAAUACCGUGUCUGGAACCCCUUCCGUUCCAAGUUGGCUGCUGGUAUCUUGGGUGGUGUCGACAACAUCUACAUGGGCCCUGGCUCCAAGGUCCUCUACCUUGGUGCUGCUUCCGGCACAUCAGUCUCCCACGUUGCCGAUAUCGUCGGUCCUGAAGGAACUGUCUUCGCCGUCGAAUUUUCCCACCGCUCUGGCCGUGAUCUGAUCAACAUGGCCACCCACCGCACCAACGUCAUUCCCAUUGUCGAGGACGCUAGGCACCCAUCGAAAUACAGGAUGCUUUUGGGCAUGGUCGACUGCAUCUUUGCUGAUGUUGCUCAGCCUGAUCAAGCGCGUAUUGUCGGACUCAACGCUGGCAUGUUCUUGAAGGUUGGUGGCGGUAUCGUCAUCUCCAUCAAAGCCAACUGUAUCGACUCCACGGCCGCUCCAGAAGCCGUGUUCGCACAGGAAGUCGCCAAGCUACGAGAGAUGGGCAUCAAGCCCAAGGAGCAGCUUACCCUCGAGCCUUUCGAGCGUGACCACGCCAUGGUUGUGGGUGUCUACCAGCGUUCGCAAUAA